UAAAUAGACAGGCUGUGAACAGUCUAGGACAGGUAAGAAAAAUAAAUAAUAUUGAAAUGAGGACGUGGAUUUCAAUGAAGUAGCUAGAGCACGAAUCUACUUUCGAAUAAAAAUUACUGUACUGUGAAUUCCCGCCAAUAUUUCUCACUUCUCGCGAAAUCGCCUGAAGAUUCUGGAAUUGUAACAUUCCAUUAUAUUGUUUGUGCAGACUUCAAUGUUUGUGUCAAGCUGUGAUGUUUAGCAAACAAUCUACAAAUCUCGGCUAAAAAGUCUGGAAAACUUAAAGUAAACAUCGGAUUAAUACUUAAACAAACUUGUUCAAUUCGACACACCUGGGCGUAGCUAUACCUGAUAAAAUCUCUUUCUGCGGUUUCGGACAACAAACCCCCUGAAUAAAAUCUGGAGGUACUCCCGGAAUAGCUGACUCUGGAGGUAUUCUUUUUUCUUUCUUUUUUUUUUUCUUCCACAUAUUUACACCAUUUUCGAACAAAACUAUAUAAUUUAUGUUACAUACAUGUAUAUGAUUACUGUUUAUACAUAAAUAUAAUAAUACAUACUACAUAGCUGACUCUGGAGGUACUCCAAAAAAAUUGGGUGGGGGUGUGCGUCUAGCUUCUUGAAUUCUUUACUCUGCCAUACCAAACUCAUACCAAACUUACCCAAUUUAAGACCAGAACGUAAAAACUAUACCGAAACGGCUAAAAUCUAUAUCUUAUUUCAGACCAAAAUGAUCCAAAAACUAUACCCCUAUGACACCCAUAUAAGAGAACACACACACCCCCUUCCUCGCAAGGAGAGAAAAUAAACGCGCACAAUAAAGGCGUUUUGAACAAAACUAGACUUUAUAGUUACCGUUGUAAUCAAAUGUUUUUCACGGGUCUGUUCUCACUCGCACUAAGAAAUGAAAUGAACACGAUGAAGUGACCCUCAACGACUGUCAUUAGAAUUAGCCAAUGAAUAGUGAUUGUAUGAUGUCAGGUACAUGUAGUAGAUCACCUGAUCGUAUAUAAUAUAAGCGUCAAGUUGAACCGCUUCCUAGAAUAAGGGUAAGUAAAAGUGAUGGCUCUCUCGAGCGCGUCGAUCAUGGAGAAGAACUCCUAUUCUCGAGCUUUAUCACCCUUGGUUUCAAUUUCUAUCCUCUUCGGACCUGGAGAAAGGCUCUAUUCAAAGGUACACUCUUGGCUCGGUGGAUUCAUUUUCGCGUUUCUGCUCGUCGCCAUGACAUUUGUAGCGAUUAUUGGAGUUUUUGUUCGAACCACAAUAGACACGUGGAUACAGUUUUCGCUUUACAUUGUUCCGCUUAUUGCCUUGAUUUCGGGAUGUCGUGUGUACACGUCCUCAGCAUUCAACAAGAUGUUGAAAAGAAGGCUGUUAAGGAAGUCUAUGGUGGAAGGUUUUGUCGAGUCUGAUCAGGAAAUUCCGUGGCACGAAACACAAAGGAACUCUUGGCUGAGGAAAGCUGCGUUUAAAAACUGCAUCUAUCCAUUGAUUUUAGAGAUUUACCAGUGGACCGCAUAUGUGAUUUUCCACACCGUAUUUCAAGGGGACAAAUUUGCUGGUUCUUGGGUGGAAAGUCAUACAGAAGUGCUCGAAAUCGACUCCCUGACAUGGCUCGUGCUUUACUGUUUCUUUUGGGUGAUGGCAAUGUACAUUACAGGAUAUGUCGCCUACUCUUUUAUUUUGAUAAGCCGAUUAACCGUUCGAGAUGUCAUCAGUUUCAUGUGCAUGUUCGGAGACAGUCCAUUUCUGCUGUACAGGCCCUCAGAAAAACCAAACCCUGUCUUGCAAAGCCUUAGUCCACUAAGAAGAUUAAUAAAUGGCAUAACUGGGUUUCUUUUUAUGGAUUUCUUUCAGACUGGCAAGGACCUUGUUCUUGUUUAUGAAAAAGAAGCCCCAGUUUUAGAUGAAAUCGUGGUGACGUCAGAUCAGAGUAGCAUCGAAGGAGCUCAUUGGGGUGCACAGGAAUCCCAAGACUUUGAUAACUUUACUGUGUCAGUUGAUGUCACGAGACCAACACAGGGGAGGAUACAUGUGCCAAACCGACCAAGAAUAAAGCCAGCUGAUGCCAGCAAAUAUCUUUCCAGUGUGAUAGGAAGCAUCGAAGCCCUCGCAGGUCUUUUCCAGCCAUUCAUUGUUCUGCUAGCGUUUUUCUCAGUGGCUAACCUUGUUACCCAUGUGGGGGCUAUUGUUAGUCUUGUUAAAAAUUUCAAGUCUUCUCAUUGGUGGACCUUUGUCAGGACAUGCAUUUGGUUUCUACUGUCACUCCGCCUCCUCUGGAGUGCAGCAGGUAUCACUAAAGCCUUGUCGCAUGUAUCACAACAUCUCAAUUACUUGUGGUCUGUUGGUCAGUUACACGGCAACGAAGAAGAAUGGCAGAGGUUUUUCAAGCUGGUGGAGUCAUUCCAUCUGGGCACGAAGACGUAUGGCUUUCCUCUCACACUGAAACAAGCUGCGUCCAUUGCAACUUUUAUUAACUUUGCACUGAUCAUAGUGCUGUCUGUCAUGAAACCAUCUGUGCACCUCCCAGUAAAUGGUGAAUGACACCCUCUAAGGGGUGGAACAUUUGAUUUUUGAGGGGCUGUAUGGGUGAUUUGGUAUAGGCAUGAAUUUUUUUAAACCCUUUCAUGCAGGGGUUUCAUUGACAUUUUCAGCAAGAGGGCAGCUGAUUUUCACAGCCAGGCAAAACUAUUUGAAUUGAACUUCUAAUAAAAUAAAAACUUUCCUCUAGAUGGUCAAACCAGGUGGGCAAAAUCAUCCUCACAACCAGUCAAUUUGGCCGGUGCCUGGCCCUGCUUUCAUGCACUCCAUGUAACAUACUUUUUUUCAGCUCUCUGAAUGUGUGUGAAAUUUUUUUCCCAGUGGUCAUGUGGAUGCAUUUUUUUUGGUACAAGUAUGCUUGCAGGAUAUUUUUUGAACAUCACCCACCCACCCUCCCUCAAAUGUCAAAUGGCCUACCCCUAACACCAAGUUUUCAGAUUUCAUCUUAAACUGGAGAACAGCUGGUCGAGGGGAUCAUUGGAGACAGUGAGGGUUAGGUGACAUUUUAGGAGACAAAGCCUCCCUGCAAUAGCCUUUAUGCACUAGUCACACCUAAAAGAGAGAAUUGUUCUAGCCCCAGUUGUCAAAGGUCAUACAGCAUGUCUGUUAGAUAAAUCACUAUUUAACAAUUAGACCCGUAGCCCUUGAGGGCGAAAGGUCUAAUUGUUUUAGUAUCAUCCAACUAGU